CUGCGCUUGACCGCUUUCCCGAAGCAGGCGGUUCCUCCGGUCUCCCUCCUCUGCGGCCGCCCUCCACAGGCCGGCUGCAGCUUCCAUUCCCGGCUACCCACCACCAACCCAAAGCUGCCGCAACACUUUGGUCGCCGAUCACAUGGCCACUGCACACACCCCCGACACGACACGCCGCCAUGUCACGCCAAGGCCACUAGCCAGCAGCACCCCGUGUCUUCUUCCCCGCCUCCUCAAGACAAGAUCAAACGCGCCCGCCUGCCCUGCAGAAGCAGAAGCAGAAGCAGAAGCCAUGGCUGGAGGAGGGUUGCUGCCGCUGGACCUGUCGUUGGCCACCGCGGGGGCGUCGGCGUCGGCGGGCGAGCGGCGGCGGGCGGGGCAGCGCGGGCACCGGCGCACCGUGUCCGCGCUCUUCGCCGAGCUGGGCGCGAUGCUCCCCAACGACCUGCUCCCCAACCGGCCGGCGAGCCGGGAGGAGAUCGUGGACGCGGCGGCGAAGCAGGUGAAGGUGCUGGAGGAGACGGCGGGCGUGCUGGAGACGUACCGCGCGGUGCGGCGCGCCGGCGCCGGCGCGGCGCCGCGCGCCGAGGUGGCCGUGGCCGUCGGGACCGUGUGCUUCUGCGCGCGGCUGCCGAGGCCCGGGUCCCUGACGCGCGUGCUGGAGGCGUUCCACCGGCGCGGGGUGGAGGUGCUGGUGGCCACGGUGGUGUGCCACGGCCACGGCGGCGCCGCCGUGGUCACGGUCACCGCGGCCGCCGCGGCGCCGGAGGUCCUGGAGCUCAUCAGGGCGGACAUCGCCGGCAUCUACUGAUGAUCAGCGGGAGUUUCCUUUUGGCGUCUCUAGCUACCUCAUCGAAUGGUCGCCUGGUGUUGUUUUUGGAGCACAAAAUUAGGGCUUCUUAGCACCGAUUAGCUAGAUAGGAGAGGUGAUCAGUGCUGUAACUAAGUAGCCUGAUGAACAUUGUCCUGCAACUCCCAUUCGAUCGGUGGAACAAGAGGAUGCUCUCUUUUUUCUCUC